AUGCGCAAAAACUGCACUUCUGGUGAGGCUACAUCUGGGUCAGCCUUCAAGCCUCCGUAUGCUUCUUCACCUCCAGAACGUGUGCUGACUGCAGAUAAUGCUGACCUUUGUGACACAGAAACCGAGCUCUCUCUCAGCGAUGAGGAAUACGGAGAGGAAGUCUUCACUUUCUCCUCAUGCCCUCACUCAGCCAGACGCAAUCAGGCUAGCGGCAACCCUGUUGAGGAUCUGACCUUUGGCCUUAAAGGUCACAAGCUGCUAACAGAAGGACAGCGCAAGGAUGCACGUCUGGAAGAUGAUUUCAUGGGGAGUGAGAGCGAAGAGGAUGAAAUGCAUAUAGAGUUUCUCAAAAGAUGUGCAGUCCAGUCCAUUACUACUCCCCCACCACUUUCUUCAAUACAGAAACACACAGCUCAACCCAAAUUCUCCUCUGAGCCAAUUAAGACUCGGGCCUCUGCUGUCCAGCAUGUCUCUAAAGGUCCAAAAAGGCACGAACCCAUGCGGAUAGCACCAACCCGCUGCCUCUCUCCUAGCUCAUCCAGACAAGGGAGCAGACUUGAUCCAUCUGAAGCUGACAGAGCAUUGCCUGAUGGAGAUACCAGCAUAUCUAUCAACAGAACAUCUGUGCGCGAGAUCUCACUGAAGAAUUCUGGGCUUCAAAAGGUGAGUGUCGAUGGGAGGGUUCAACCUUUGGGCUCCAGCAGGUGUGAUCUGAGAAGUCGAGACGAAGAGGAUGAGGAAGAUGAGCUGCAGAUGUUGGCAUAUUUGAAGAGGGAGCAGGAGGAAGAAGGAGGAGACAUCCGCAGUCCAGGCCUUAGUGCAUCACAGGUUCACCACUGCGACAUAAGUCUAAGCGCAAGCAGUGAUGACACCUCAACCUGGACUCAGUGUAUCCCUUUGCCAGUGGAUCAAGGCCAGCACUAUCAGAAAGAAAUGAACCCUCUUCUUCACUCUAAUCCCAGAGAAUGGAUGGAUGUCCUCAGCCCUCCAAUUGUUCAUCCAAAUCAACAGAUGGCAGAUGGAAAAGGAGACCACAAGGUCUCGACCCGAGGAUCAAAGUUACAUGACAACAGUGGAGAAGAAGAGUUUCUCAAUUUAAUGUAUGACUCCUGCCUCAACUGUUACUUUGAUCCACAAUCUGGGAAAUAUUACGAACUGCUUUGAAACUGAAUUUAUGUUUGUUGAUACUGCCACUGUGUGUGAAUUUAGUUUAAGCACC